AUGUGGAAUAGACAUUGAAUUGACAUCUGUGUGCAGUGGAAAUGCCCCCAUCCACAGGGCACGGGUAGUCACUGAAUGGUGUAAUGAUCAUGAAAAUGUUGUAAACCAUGGCCGUCUCAGUCACCAGAUAUCAACCUAAUUUAACAUUAUUGGAGAUUCUGGAGCAACGCACGAGACAGCGUUUUCCACCACCAUCAACAAAACCCCAAAUUAUGGAAUUUCUCGUUGAAGAAUGGUGUCGCAUCCCUCCAAUAGAUUUCCAGACACUUGCAGAAUCUAUGCUAAGGUGCAUUGAAGUUGUUCUGGUGGCCCAUAGGCCCUAUUAAGAUACUUUAUGUUGGUGUUUGUUUUUUAAAUUUUGGCAGUUACUUGUAUCUGUGUGUGUGUUUGUCAGUGUAUAUCUCAUACAAUUUCUUCCAGUCCAUCAACCCAUCCAUGUUGCAGGAUGAGUGGAGAGAAGCUGAUGCCUUGUGUACUUAUCACUCUACUGGGGCUGACCCUGAUGGAGUCAGCUCAUGGACAGCACAUGUCAGACGAACCCUGCUCUGUCCAAAUUCUCGUCCCAGGACUCAAAGGAGAGGAAGGAGAAAAGGGAGUGAAAGGAGCACCUGGGAGACCGGGAAGAAUGGGUCCACCAGGGGAGAUAGGACAUCUGGGAGUUAAAGGGCAGAAGGGUAUAAUGGGACAUUAUGGGAAGAUUGGCCCCAGUGGAGUCAAAGGUGUAAAGGGAGAUAUGGGUGAUGCUGGAUCAAGGGGCCCGAAUGGUGAUCCAGGUGUUCCAUGUGAAUGCACACCCCUGAGGAAAAUUAUUGGUGAGAUGGACAUCCUAGUGACACAGUUAUCCAAUGAGCUGAAGUUCAUAAAAAAUGCACUGCCCUCCCCUGCAGCUGUCGCCGGCAUCAAAGAGACCGACAGCAAGGUCUAUCUGCUGGUCAAGGAGGAGAAACGCUACACCGAUGCAGAGGUCUAUUGUCAGGGGAGGGGUGGACACCUGACCAUGCCCAAGGACGAGGGGGCCAAUGCGGCCAUCGCUGGGUACAUCACAGAGGCGGGCCUGAGCCGGGUGUACAUUGGUAUCAACGACAUAGACCGCGAGGGCCAUUUCACCUACGUGGAUAACUCCCCAAUGAGCACCUUCAGCAAGUGGAGGGAAGGGGAACCCAACAAUGCCUACGAUGAUGAGGACUGUGCUGAAAUGGUGGCGGUGGGGGACUGGACCGAUGUGGCCUGCCACUCCACCAUGUACUUUGUCUGUGAGUUUGACAAGGACAGUGGCUGAGGAGCAUUUGUUUGAAAGUGGUAGUGAAUUAUAGAGAAGCCUUUUAUAGAGUUCUACAGAUGUUGUUCAGGGACCGCUGCAUUUAAAUGUAAUCACCCAGCAAGUGCUAAAUAUCAUUGUACAGUAUAAAAGAUUGAGUACUGAAAUGCAACAACAGUUGUGUAAAGACAUGGUGUUUCUUCUCAGUUGUUCCAGUUUUCUUCCUUUUUGACUUGAAUGGAUGCUGUUUUUAUAAACCAUUGCAUUUAAUGGAUACAGCAAUUUCUACCCUGAUCUCUUAAUCUAAUUGGAAUCUGCUUUUUGAAGAUGAAACUUUUUUUUGUCUUUCUCA